AUGCGGUCGAGUUACAUCAGGCUACCGGUUAUCGCCUGGUUCGCCGUAUUUCCAUCAGUAUUGUCGCAAAUUCUACAUCAAAGAGCAACUUCUGCUCAAGAUGAUGCCCCAUCUAAUACUACCAAAGUAAUUUUGAUCACAGCGACACGAGAUCGGCCGCAGAGGGCGGCUGAUUUCAAUAUGUAAGUUGUCUGACUGAAUUAUGAGACUGUGUAGAAUAUAGGCUGGUUCAAACAAUCCGACAUCUUGAAAAUGUCUUCUGGAUUGUCGUUGAAGGCGAUGCAGAAAAGAAUCUUUAUAUGAAACAACUUCUUGUCCGCUCAAAAGUUCCUCACGUGUAUUUGGAUCGACCAGAUACUGAACUAUGUAAGGCUAUUCACACCAACUUAAACGACCUGCUAAAAGUUUCACAAUGUGCAUGGAAUUUAUUCCCUUCAACACGGCGCAUUUUAAACUUUUGCCCAUUUCAGGUAACGGCUGGGCUUUGCACAACGAAGCCUUGGACUAUAUCCGUCGAAACGAUGACCUCUUUCCGGACGAUUCCGUGGUCUAUUUCGCCGGUGAUGAAGAUAGUUUCGAUCUCCGGCUCUUCGAGGAAUAUGUGAGGAAUGUCAAAGAAAUUGGCGUCUGGGCAGCCGGUAGGUGCUAUUGCCUCUCAGGGCUUACUAUGCCCUUUUUAUCUUAUGUUUUAUUAACUUCAGGAUCCGGUUAUGUGAGUGCCGAAUCGCCGAUGGUGUUGCACGGGAAAGUCAUUGGUUGGAAUGUGGCGUGGAGACCAAAGCGAAAAUUUGCCUUAACAUUCCAUAGUUUCGCAUUGAAGACUGGCCUUAUUAAGAAAUCAAGGUGUGGUUUACUUAUCUCUUCUUUUACUCACUCAGCAAAAUUCCUCGCCUCAUCGUGGCCGCGUACCAAAUCUCUAGCCGCGGCCAGUCGUCGCAGAGCAAUGACCGGCGACUUCAAGACGCGAAAAAGGCACACUAUUUUCUCGACAGACUGAUAUAAACCGUUUACAGAGCCGCGUUCGACAUGAGAUGCGCCGGUAAAGCGCCUGAAGACUGUUUCCUCCGACAACUGGACAUCAACCAAAGCUCAAUUGUCCCAUUCGGUCAUGAGGGAACUUCGAAGAAUAUUUUUGUCUACCAUAGACGUGUGGACAACAAGGGAUUCUUCAAUGAACUCCCAAGUGCCGGGUUCUUCGUUGACUACGAAUCCAUUGAGACGCCCAAGUGCAUGAUGGUUCGAGUCAAAUUCCCCGAUAUCGCUGCAAGUCAUGCUCAAGAUAUCGCAAAUAGGAAGUAUGUUGCAAUGCCAAGAAUGUAAAUAUGUAUGUAAUAAAAGGAUUUAUCCGCCUGUCGGGAAAAUAGCGAGCGUGAUGUCGCUGCGACAAAAGAGCAUGGUGAGACACGGAAGGAGGGCCGGGCUCUUGGAAAUUUUGAAAAGGGCCGGGCCAUUUAUUUGGGAUGUAUGUAUAUUGUACCCCCAAUACAGAAAGAUGACACAUGUUGUUUUCGACGUUGUGGAUAGGCCAGUCCGAUUGUUUGACGAUAAAGAUGUCGAAACUGUGUGUAUGACAUUAUUACCUCGUUAUUCUGACUUUUAGGCCGAAAGUCUGAUCAAUUCAGCCUUGGCAGCAAUGCCAGUGUCUUCGACGUCGGUAAGAAUGCCAAAUCCCUCACAAGAACGGCGGACAUCCAUAAAAAUGUGUUGAAGAGGACGAAGUCAACGAAUUCUCUGAUUAUAUCAACACAUCAUUGGAGACGACGUCGAAUUGCCAGUAUUGGAAUUCUGGAAGAAGUAUGA